UCCGGGAGAUCUGGCACUCUGCUUUCGUCUAACGGUUAUGGACAGCGCUAAGGAUAUGCUGAUGCGCGCCGAGGGUGGUCAGGUUGGCACACUGUCUGCCAAAACUGGCUCUAAUUUGACCGAGGCUAAUGGAGACUCCAUGCGCAAGCUGCCGGACAAACCGAUUAACCAAAACAGACUAAGCCCUGUGCCUUAUUCGCAAAAUCUAGUGGAUGACGCGACAAUGGGACAACGUAGCGCAAAGUACGGAGACGUGACACUUGCUAGCAAGCCUUCCGCGCCGGACAGAGACCUGUCAGACAUCCCUAACAAAGAUGCCAGCAGCUCAGAUGCGGAAUCAGACCUCUAUGAGGAAAUAGAUGUCAGUUGUACCCCAGAGAGCAUGGAUUACUCGAGCGGGCAAGGACUGGCAAUGGACUCGCCGAACCACGGUAAAGAAGUCGGUGUGGACAACAAGAUGGGCACAGGCCCCGGUGCUCUCAACUAUGGUUCUGACCAGAUGCGAAGGUAUCGAACAGCAUUCACGAGGGAGCAGAUAGCACGACUGGAGAAAGAGUUUUAUCGGGAAAAUUACGUGUCCAGGCCACGUAGGUGCGAGUUGGCAGCUGCCUUAAAUUUACCGGAAACAACAAUAAAGGUUUGGUUUCAAAACCGACGCAUGAAGGACAAGAGACAGCGGCUGGCUAUGACUUGGCCGCAUCCUGCCGACCCCGCCUUUUACACCUAUAUGAUGAGCCAUGCUGCAGCUACGGGCAGCCUGCCCUAUCCGUUUCAAUCUCACCUUCCUCUACCUUACUACUCUCCACUCAGCGGUGUGACUGCAGGUUCAGCCUCUGCCACCGGGGGUCCAUUCUCCAAUCCUCUGCGCUCGCUGGACAGUUUUCGGGUUCUUUCGCAUCCAUACCCGCGUCCUGAGCUGCUGUGCGCCUUCAGACACCCAUCACUGUACCCCAGCCCGGGUCAUGGGCUUGGUCCCGGGGGAAGCCCAUGCUCCUGCCUUGCCUGUCACGCUGCCAGUCAGUCAAACGGGCUCCCACACAGGUCCAACAGCGCAGACUUCUCAUGUUCGCCCACGACCAGGACUGAGGCCUUCCUCACGUUCUCGCCAGCAGUCAUCAGUAAAUCAUCUUCAGUGUCUUUGGACCAGAGGGAGGAAGUGCCACUAACCAGAUAAGACGACAGCAAGAGGCUACAGUUUCUUCGGGUACUAUCCGGGUCAGCUUUGGGCACUUUGGCAGUAUUUAAUAAGUCAUCGCAUGAACUACUCAAAGCAGCUUGCACAACACAACAGCAAUCUGCUUUAGUUAAGUUUCGAAACUGUGGAUGUUUUCCAGUUAAGAAGCUAUAUGUUGUGCAGACGGAGACUACUUAUACACUGUCAGGCCACGGACUUUUAAAUAAUCUUUGGAGAAAUUAGAUAUUGAUAACAGAGAUAUCAUAUUAACUCAAAUACAUUUUAAGUAGGCUACACCCUAUAAACAAAAAUGUGACAUAGGAGACAAGGAAAUGUAUUUGUGAGAAAUAACUGGAGGAUAGCGCAAAAAUCUAUCAUAAUUUAUACUCUUUCAUACCCAUACAAAUUGACCCACAUGCAGUUUCUUUCACAUUUAAACGAUGUUUUUCAUCUAGCUUUUUAACAAGGGGAUUUGUUAACCGAGCACGGUUGGCUCAUUAUUCCUCCUCCACGAACACCCGGUCCCGAUAGCACAUCGAAAUGUGCAGAUGCGAGGGAAAUUAAGGAGUGAUGUAUUCGGAAGGGAGAAAUUUUGAAUGUUGAAUUAAUGAUAAUGCUGCACGCUCAGAGACUUGUCUGCCAAACCGGUAACAAGGCGCCAGGGGAGCGGAUUAAGAAGCUCCAUGCGAGGCUUGCUGGCUUGACGGGAGAACAUGCGCUAGAGAUCCAUUGGACAAUCACAUGCGGCAAAUUGGGGCAAGCCAGAGAUGCCUGUCUUACCCGCAUACCGUCA